ACGAUGAACGUGAAAAGGAAGAAUCAGUCCACCAUUCUAGUAUUUAUUGUUGCGUCAUGCCAGUUUGGUUUUGCCUUAUAGUGCUGGUUCAUUCCUUGUGAUGCCUGGUGUCAGUAUCAGUAUAAGUGGUGCACUCGCUGGAGAUACGUGAUACGAUCGUUCGUGAAGCUCGUUAAGGUUUGUUGUUCGACGACGAAGUGAAUAUUUUAUUUAAAAUGCCAUCCAAAGUAACCUAUCGCACAUUGGAAAACGAAUAUAUCGUUGAAAAAGUAAUCGAUAAACGAAUCCUGCCCAAUGGCACAUCGGAAUACUACAUCAAAUGGAAGGACUGGCCUAGCACAACCAAUACCUGGGAGCCCGAACAACACCUUUCUAAUUGCAUGGAUCUAAUAUACGAAUACGAACGCGAACGUAAACACCGACGUCCAGCUAAAAAAGCCAGAAUUUCGAUGAAAAAAACCGCCUCGCCAACACAGUCAAACUCAAGUUCACCCGAGUAUUCGCCUAAUGUAUCGUACGUGUUACCCAGAGUAAACGGUUUCGAGAGAGGCCUGGUACCCGAACGUAUUGUAGGAGCUACAGACUCCGGAGGAUUGACGUUUCUCAUGAAAUGGGAAGGUCAAGAUACGUUGGAAUUGGUCAGAUCUCCGAUCGCUAGAAUAUACAGUCCUCAGUUAGUUAUUCAGUUCUAUGAAAGGCAUAUCACAUGGCAUCGAACCCAAGCUACCAACACGGGUCAAAUUCACAAUUAGUUUCCUAAACAUAUAAGUUUGUUCUCUUUGUUUUUUUUUUUUGGAAUUUACGUUAGAUAAGAUUUAAUGUUACUAUCUAUACCUAUCUAUGUGUAUGAAUUCGACGUAUGUAAUUGUACCUACUCGUACGUUUGUUUGUUUAUGUUUUUUCUUUCUACAUUUUGCAGGUUCGAUUGAAACGUUCUUAUUUUGAUGUAGAUUUAGUCUUAAUAUUUUGUAUUUCUUUCAUCGGAGUCUAGUUUAUGUGUAAUUAUUAUUUUAUCUAUUUGUUCACGCGAAAUACGCGUUUUUACGGAGCGUAAUUACCUCCAGAUCCUUCUCUCGUUCGUAUGGCUGCUGAAAGCCAAUUUCUCCGAUCCUCUAGGGUAGUUUAUUCGUAUUUAGUCAGGAUACAUUACAGUUUAGUUCGUCAACAGUUAGUUCUAAUUUUGUACCUCGCUUUUUAGCGAUUUUCGUGUAUUAAAAAUGUAGAAAAUGAAUUUGUAUUGGUUUUUAUUCGAUGGACAGUUUCUCUACUAACACUAUUGUACGUUUUGUUAUUCGCGAAUUAUGAUUGAAUUAUACGACUAUAUUGUGAAUCA